UUUUAUGGCAAACGAAUCCAUUUUUGUAUUUCUAUCUCAGACGCUCAAUAAUUAAUUCUAGCCGUAAAAGCUUCUCUGUCUGACUCUGACUCCCAAACCCCUUGAUGAUUUGAUCUGAGUCCUCAGAGGCGGAUGAACUUGCAUCCUUGGAGAUCCAAGAACUCCGAUAACCUUAAAGGAAUUAAAUGGAGGAGGACAGUGAAUUUCGGCGAUGGGACGAGCUCAUACCUGAUGCACUUGGGCUAAUAUUUAGGAAUCUAACCCUUCAAGAGACACUCACUGUAAUCCCAAGGGUGUGCAAGUCAUGGGGAAGAGCAGUGUCUGGACCUUAUUGCUGGCAGGAGAUAGACAUUGCGGAAUGGAGCAAAUUUCGUCCGCCAGAGACCAUUACGCGAAUGCUGCAAAUGCUGGUCAUAAGAAGCUCAGGUUCACUCCGAAAGCUCUGCGUUGCUGGCCUUCCCAAUGACCAGACUUUCUCCUUUAUUGCUGAUCAUGCCAAAUCUCUUCGGACACUGCAGCUGCCAAGAAGUGAAAUAAGUGAUUCCAUAGUGGAACAGGUUGCUGCAAGGCUCUCUUCCGUAACUUUCUUGGAUGUAAGCUACUGCAAAACUAUUGGAGGCCCUGCACUUGAGGCAUUUGGGAAGCAUUGUAGACAUCUCAGAAAGUUGCAGAGAUGCAUGUACGGAUGGGAGGUACUUGACAAGGUUUCUCAAGAUGACGAGGCCCUUGCAAUAGCGGCCACAAUGCCAAAACUCAAGCACCUUGAGAUACUCUGUCUGCAUGUUAGUACAGAAGCUGUGCGUCAGAUACUCUUGAACUGCCCUGAGCUCCAGUUAUUAGAUGUGCGAGGGUGCUAUAGUGUGAAACUUGACGAAAAGUUUGUCAAGAAAUUCUCGGGGCUGAAGCUGGUGGGACCAGGUUCCGACAAUGCGGGCUGGGAUGAUUGUUCAGAUUACUCAGUUUCUUCUGGCUACUUAGCAUGGGAUGUAAUGGAUGAUGAUUUUGACGAAGAGAUGUUAGAUGAGGCUUGGGAAGACGACCUUAGUAUGGAGGAUGUAGAAAUGAGGUUCUAUGAUGGUUUUUAUCUCGAUAAUGGUGGGUUCGAUUGGCCCCUAUCUCCAUGAAUUUUCUUGAUGGAGUGUUUUGAUGGAGUUUUGGAGGAGGUUAGGGGUUUAACCUGGUGUAAGUAAUGUUGUUUUUCCUACUAAUAAUUGGCGUGAAACUUCCAUGUGUAUGUUUCUGCAACCAUGUUGUACUCGGUGUUAUAGUAUCUUUGUAUGUCAAUGCAUGUGAAAUAUGUGAAGCUUUGUAGGUUUUGUUUUGUCGAA